CUCCCUUUGCUCUCUUACUGUGGACAACAGGAACAUCACAGCAUCAUUAGAAGCUUGGUUUCAGCUAAACAGACAUACAGAGCUACAGGAUCAUCAGAAGAACAGGAAAAACAGAGAGACAGGUGCAAAGGAUGUCCAUAGGUGAGUGGACAUUUCUAGAAAAGCUGGUAGAUGACAGCCUCGAGUACUCAACUAGUGUGGGACGCGUGUGGCUCAGUGUUCUUUUUCUCUUCCGUGUCCUCAUCUUAUGUACUGCAGCUGAGUCUGCGUGGAAUGAUGAACAGAAAGAUUUUGUCUGCAACACCCAACAGCCCGGCUGUGAGGCUAUGUGCUAUGACAAGGCUUUUCCUGUCUCUCAUUUCCGCUACUUUAUUCUGCAGGUCGUCUUUGUUUCCAUGCCCACUGUUUUAUAUUUUGGCUACGUGGCCCUGAAGAAACACAAGGAGAAAGAAGAGGAGAAAGAGGACCAGCAUGGAAGACAGAAGGAAAGAAACGGCAAAGAAUGUAAGAUAGAGAUGAUGCCAGAAGAGAAUAAAGAUGGGAAACCGCGACCCAAGACAAAUAAGCUCACGGGGAAGGUACUGGUUGCAUAUACUGUCAGCAUCAUCCUCAAGGUCCUAAUUGAGAUUGGCUUUAUUGUCGGGUUGUGGUUCCUCUAUGGAUUUGUUAUUCAACCCAAGUAUGAAUGCCAGCGAAGUCCCUGCCCCCACACGGUGGACUGUUUUGUCUCUCGGCCCACUGAAAAGACCAUUUUCACUAUAUAUACUCAGGUCAUCGCUGCAGUCUCUGUGUUGCUCAAUGUUAUAGAGCUUUUACACCUUCUUAAGAUGCACAUUACAUGUAACCUGGAGGAGAAGAACCAAAGUCAGCAGCAAGGGAUCCCUCGAAGUACAGAGAACACUCCAGAAAAGCCGCAGUCAGCCAAGGUUCGGGCACGAACUUGCCAGGAAAAAGGCAAGCUCUAACUUCCGGCAGAAGAGAUAAGAUAAGAGAUAAGAUAAAACUUUAUUGAUCCCACAGUGGGGAAAUUCAAUUGUUACAGCAGUUCAACAGACAGUUAACGUGCAGGUUUUUAACCUAAAGAUAGAAAGAAAGAGAAUUAAAAAGACAGAUAGUAAAAGAAAAGAAAUUAUGUAAAAAUUAUAAAAGAAAAUACAUAAAUAAAAAAGAUUGCACAAUACAAAUAAUAAUAAACUAAAUAACAAUACAAAUAGUAAAAGAAUGUAAGAUUAUAUAAAAUUAUGAACAUAUAAAAAAUUAUAAAAUAUAAAAUGAUAAAUUAUAAAACAGCAGCUACACUGAGUCUGUCGUGGAUUCGAGUAAAAGAAUGCCACACUCAUCAGGGGAUAUGCUUCCAACAUACUUAAACUGUCACUGACACCACACAAAGAUCAUCCCAAAAAGGACGUUCGCACCAAACCGCAUAAGAGUGCUUCUAAAGAGAAACACUCUAAUGAUCAACAUUACGUAUGAGCUUGGACAAUCAGUGCAGUCAGUGUUUUGGAAAAUCAGAGGGCGGGAUGAAAUUCCACUUCAUGCUCCCAAAGCGAUUUUCCAACAGAAUUUAAGGAUGGAAAAGAGAGAUAAAAAGAACACUGACUGUCAAGCAUUAGACAGAAAGAUAGAAAGCAGGGUUUCUGUGAACGAGAAGAAGUUUGCAAAAAUUGAUUGAUCUGCUCAAUCAGGAAAUAACAAACUGUGAAAUAUCAUAAUUUACAGAAAAGUCCACUGUAGAGUGUUAAGAUUUUCACUCAACCUAAUGCCUGCUAAUGAGCCAAAGUCUGUGUUCUAUAUGUUCAUGUGUAUGUUCAUCUGUAUGUGUGUUCUGUAUGAAGUUACGUGUUCACAUGAACUACAUAUAUAAAAUAUUAAUGAACAAUCCUGUAAAGGUGUAGGAUUCAGGUUUUUAACAUUAAUGGAGACUGAAUGACCACAACAUAGCUUCUUUAAUUACAGUAUUUAACACUUAACAUGCAAAAUGUAAGUUAGCUACAGUCUAGGCCUAAUUACUAAGCCACUGUAAAAUGUCACUUGAGACUAAAAGUCCAUCUGCUUCUGGGCUGCUUUUGUGUUCCUUUCCUUCUGUCUCUGUUUCUAUAAAUCCACACCUGGUUCCUGUGGGUAAUGUUGGAUAACAGCAUUGUGUAUUUGCUUACCAGUGAAUUUAUUUUCUAAUUAGGAUUAGCUAAAUAGCAGUGCCCAAGAAUCUCCUAGUUAUCUAGUAACACUCGUGGACUCGGAUGCAGUUGUAGGUAAAAUUCACUUUAAUGAAAAACUCAAAAUCAGCAUGCAGGAUCAAAAAUGUGAGACGGGCUAUGGUCAGGUGUUUGACAAACAACACAGGCAAGGCAAGGCAAGGCAAAGUCAGCAAUGUGAGAACAGAAACUAGGGACGAAUUCAAAACAACAACAACAAAAGCCUUGGUAAUGUUUUACAACAAAAUGAAAUGAAAUUAAUGAAAAGAUUCAAUUGAAAGAAAGUCAUUCUGAACAAUUUGUGGGUGUGUGUUUGAUUGAACAGAAGUAACUGAGAGCAGAGGAGUGUAUGGGGAGUGUAAUCCAUAGAGACCUGUGGAUGGUGGUGAUGUGACACUAGUAUUUCUUCACUGAAUAGCCUGGCAAGCCUACUUACCCUCUGAGUGUAUUUGUGUAUAUUUCAAAAAUGCCUGAGGUUUUUAUUUUGCAGAAGCACAGUGCUGUAGGUAAUGACAAAAUUCCAACACAUAAUCAAGGGGGAUGUAGUAGCUCAGUGGUUAAGGUGUUGGCCUACUGAUUGUAAGGUUGUGAGUUUGAACCUCAGUUCUACUGAGCAAGUUGUAGGAAAUAUAAGUUACUCUGGAUAAAGGUGCAUGCCAAAUAUUAAAAAUGCAAUGGAGAUCCUGUUACCUAGACUAGCAAGAAAUCUAAGAUAAGGUUGUUUUGCAGAGCUAUUUUCUAUUAUUUCUAUAUUCAAUUCUAUUUCAAUUUCUAGCUAGUAACUAGAAAACCGAGAUAUGGUUGAUUCUGCAAAGCUAUUUUCAACUCACUUUGCACUUUGAGUCCAAACAGAAUCAAUCAGAAUAGCUAUCUAUAGAACUCUUCAUGCUAGUUAUUGUCACUUUAGUGAACAACAGUGAGAACUGUCUGUAAAAAUAAUUUCAUAAUGUGAAAUUACAUAUAUUUCGCACAUAUAUACAUAGACACACAACUUGGAACUAUGUGCCAAAUGAUUAAUAGGAAGCUAGCUUACUUUAGCAGCUAGCAUGCUUUUGUUCAAGUGCAAUUUAUCUCUCCUGUUUUUGUUUUUUUUCUGAUAAUUUUAAUUAUUUAGACUUUAAAAAGUCUCUUCAAGUCUCUCAGGUAACCUCAACUAUGUAGAGUCAUCCACACUGUUAACAAAGAAAUGUGUUUCUACUCACAUUGGACAAAAACAUUCAACUAUGUGAACUAUGUGAAUUUUUUUUAAAAAGCAUAUAUUUAAGAUUUACUUUAUUUAACAUUUUAAUUCUGUAUUUUUAUUUUGUAUUUAUUCUAAUUGCUUCUAAUAAAGACCAUUAAUAAUG